CUUUAAAAAGAAACACCUUAGCAUUUGGCACACUUUAGUCAACCUCUUGGGGUUGAUCUUCCAACUUGUUUAUAAAUAAAUUACAAGUUCUACAAUUCUCACACCUAACAGUCUCUCUCUCAAUAAAGACACAAUCACCAUGUCCAACUCCUCCAAAUCAGUUCACAUCCUAAUCUUCACAUACCCAGCUCAAGGCCACAUGCUCCCACUCCUAGACCUAACCCACCAACUAGCCCUCCAUGGCCUCGCCCUAACAAUUCUAGUCACACCCAAAAACCUCCCCACCCUAAACCCACUUCUCUCAGCACACCCAUCAAUCAAAACCCUAGUCCUCCCCUUACCCCACCACCCAUCUCUACCUGCUGGCGUCGAAAACGUCCAGGAAAUCGGAAACUCUGGUAACCUUGCAAUCUUAAACGCACUGGGAAAGCUCCAUGACCCAAUUACCCAGUGGUUUAAGUCCCACCCUAAUCCCCCUGUGGCCCUCAUCUCUGAUUUCUUCCUUGGGUGGACCCUACACCUAGCCGACCAACUUGGUAUCCCUAGAAUUGCUUUUUACUCAUCUGGGGCAUUUUAUACCUCUCUGAUUAACUUUCUAUGGCAGAAUGUCAAAACUGCCCGUUCUUUACCCGCGGUAAAUUUCCUCAAUUUACCGCAGUCGCCGUGUUUUGCCGCGGAGCAUCUACCUUCUUCGUUCCGGGUGUACAUAGAAUCUUCUCCCCAACCUGAUACGGAGUUCCUUAGGGAUGGAUUUCUUGCAAAUAUUAGGAGUUGGGGGAGUAUUCUCAAUUCAUUUGAUGGAUUGGAGGGAGAGUAUUUGGAUCACUUGAGGAAGGAAAUGGGUCACGGGCAGGUUUGGGGAGUUGGCCCGCUUAGCUUGGUGGGCGGGGAUGAAGCGAUGGGUCAGGUCAACCCGGAUCAGAUUUCGGGUGGUGGUGUAUUGUCUUGGCUUGAUGGGUGUCCUGAUGGGUCUGUUUUGUAUGUGUGCUUUGGGAGUCAGAAGUUGUUGAAAAGGGACCAAAUGGAGGCCUUGGCUUCCGGGCUUGAAGGCUGUGGAAUCCGGUUCGUGUGGAUUGUCAAGUCAGUAUCCGCCCAACAAACGGCAGAUGGGUAUGGUGUCAUUCCGGACGGGUUUGAGGACCGGAUAUCCGAGAGGGGUAUGGUGGUAAAAGGGUGGGCCCCGCAAGUUUCGAUACUAAGUCAUCAAGCCAUAGGCGGGUUUUUGAGUCAUUGUGGGUGGAACUCAUUAAUGGAAGGGGUAGCGGCGGGGAUUAUGAUACUGGCUUGGCCCAUGGAGGCGGACCAAUUUGUGAAUGCCAGACUUUUGGUGGAGGACAUGGGAGCGGCAGUUCGCGUUUGUGAGGGUGCGGAUUCAGUUCCAGACUCGGUUGAGUUGGCUCGGACAAUUGCAGAGUCAAUGAGUGGGAAUACUGCCCAAAAGGUUAAAGCAAAAGAAUUGGGAGACAAGGCAGUAGAAGCAGUUAAGGUAGGUGGGAGUUCUUGGAAGGAAUUAGAGGCUCUAGUGAGAGAAUUGGCCCAACUUGGAAGAUGAACACUAAAUAUAGAUGACUGGGGUCCGUAUCCAACUAUGUAAUAGCAGUGGCCAUAUUUCUAUUCUUCUAGAACAAAAAGAAUUUGCAACCAAACAAUUUGGGGAUACUAAUUGGUCCAACGGCACACAACAGCCUGUGUUAGUACCUGUGGUCCAACUGCUACCAAUUGCCGGUAUUAGGAUGCCAAUUAUUGAGCCAAUAGUUCGAAUCGACUCCUCGUCUCGUUAUGGAUGUGAUAGUAACACUUGGCAGUUGACACGAGCAAUACGACUACCUAUUGUUCGAACUUCUUAGAGAAAUCUUCUGUUUGAAAUAAUUCUAUUGAUAUACUAGCGAACCUACCUCCUAUUGAUUGACGGAAAGGAAAAACGAGUAUAGGUGAGAAAGGGUUCCUACUCCCAUCCAGAAGCCACCAUCCCAAAGCAGAUGGUAAAAGAUCAAUGUUCUACUUCGUAUUUGCUACUAUGCUUUGCCUAGAGGAAAGUCUUACUCCAUUCAUGUAAACCACGGAAUUAAAAUACAGUACUUUUUUUCCCUGACAUCUAUGUCAAAACCAAAAAUCUCGGAGAGUGAGAAAAAGAUUACCAUACCCAAAGCCAACAUUCUCAGCCACAAAGCUCCUUUGAUAUAUUCUCAUCAUCUCAGCAAAGCUUUCCCGCUUAUCCUCCCAUGUCUCAACCUUUACCUUUUUCUCCUCACCGAGAAAUUGGUGAAUCAAGUUCCAGCAUGUUUGGUGGUCCUUCAGCCUUUCUAAAUGUUCCUCCUCCUCCAAAAAGACCCUCUCCACCAAAAUUACCCUACCUAA